AUGGCGGAGCAAUUCUUGGCAAAAUUCUUUCAUCUAGCCAAGGCGAUGCAAAUUAGGGCGGAUAUCAUGUCUUUUGCUCUAAAGGAUCUUGAAUCGUUUUAUAAGGCUUGGGAGCGCUUUAAAGUGGAGGAUCUUUUAGUGAAGGUGGGAGAGCUCAUGUUCCCAGUGGAUUUUCUUAUCUUGGAUAUGGAGGCCAACCCCACUACUCUCAUAAUAUUGGGAAGCUACGGAAAUGCAUUUCCGUCACAAAUUCCGUCACUAGGUGCUGAUUGUUGUGACGAAAAUAAAGUUCCGUCACUAAUUCCGUCACUAAAUAUGGAGAUGCCUGAGUCUCGUAAGUGGAUGUACAACAGAAUCGGCCCCAAUCGAGUUGGAAUUACUGAAGAGUUCUUGAAGGGGGUUGAGGAUUUCAUUGAAUUUGCUUGUCAAAGUAGUUCAGAUUUUCAAAAUACAGGAAAAAUAAGGUGUCCAUGUGUUAGGUGCAAAUGCACAAGAUAUCAUGGUUUGGAUGAUAUAAGGAUGCACUUAUACCAAAAAAGUUUUCAGCCUAGAUAUCACUACUGGACCAGUCAUGGUGAAGAAAUGCCGAAUAUUCCCCGUGACCCAGCUAUUGAUGUGCAAGCAGAUGCUGCAAAUUAUUAUUGGCAAAGCAGUGAUCGGUCUAAUUUCAAUCCAUACGAGCAGAUGAUAAUGGACGUUGCUGGACUGUCGAUUAGGGAGGAUCUCUUACAAGAAGAAAAUUACAACCAGCAGUUCUUGCCGGAACCACCUAAUCCCGAUGUACAAAGUUUCUUUGACAUGUUGUCGGCUGCUCAAGCUCCGUUAUGGAAUAGAUGUGAGUCGCACUCGGAGUUGUCAGUCACAAUGAAGCUUUUAAGCAUUAAAGCUGACUACAAUAUACCGCAGGGUUGUUUUGAUGACGUCGUUCACCUUAUGAAAGAGAAGAUGCUUGCAGACAAUAGUAUGCUUGAAAAUUUCUAUCAAGCCAAGAAGUCAGUAUCUAAACUUGGACUUGGGUAUCAACGAAUCGAUUGUUGUAUAGGCGGUUGUAUGAUAUACUAUAAAAACGACGCGAAUUUGAUGCAGUGCAAAUUUUGCGGGGCAAACCGUUAUAAACCUCGGAGAACUGGAAGUGAAAAUUUGAAGGAUAUUCCGGUUAAAUGUAUGUGGUACCUGCCACUAAUUCCCAGGCUUCAAAGGUUAUUUAGUUCGACAGUUACAGCAAAGGAGAUGAGGUGGCAUUAUGAGCAUCAAAGCGAGUCCGACCUCUUGUGUCAUCCAUCUGAUGGAGAAGUAUGGAAAUAUUUUGACAGAACAUUUGAAGAUUUCGCUUCAGACCCACGUAAUGUAAGAUUAGGCUUGUGUGCAGAUGGUUUCACUCCUUUUGGACAAUCUGGUAAGAAUUACUCAUGUUGGCCUGUCAUUUUGACUCCUUAUAAUUUACCGCCUAUGAUGUGCAUGAAAAGAGAGUUUAUGUUUCUAACAAUAAUCAUUCCGGGUCCUCAUAAUCCAAAGAGUAGAAUCGAUGUUUAUCUUCAACCCCUGAUAGACGAGCUAAAUCAAUUGUGGUGCAAAGGUGUCAUAACAUACGAUGUGUUUAUGAAAGAAAAUUUUAUUAUGAGAGCUGCGUUGAUGUGGACUAUCAACGACUUUCCUGCCUAUGGUACGCUGUCUAGAUGGAUGACACAGGGGAAGUUAGCAUGUCCCUAUUGCAUGGAGUGUUCGAAGGCGUUUACCUUGAAAAACGGUAGGAAAAAUUCAUGGUUUGAUUGUCACAGACAGUUUUUGCCUACAACACAUGCGUUUCGACGGAACAAGGAUGAAUUUUGCAAGAAUCGAUUGGAGAAAUCACAACCUCCUCCACGUUUGUCUGGAGAAGAAGUGUUGGCACGAGGAAAAACAAAGGACAAUGUGAAGUCUCGGUUGGAUCUUUCACAUUAUUGUGAGCGUAGAGCUUUAGAGUUGGUGGAGUAUGAUAAUGGCAAAUCCUUUAAACCGAAAGCACAAUUUUGCCUCACUAUGGAGCAAAAAAGAGCUGUUUGUUCUUGGCGGCUACUUCCGAUUGCAUUGCGGGCAUUGCCCGAGCCCAUUUGGGCUACAAUUACUGAGCUCAGUCAUUUUUUUAAAGAUAUAUGUUCGACUACUUUGAGGGAGAAUCAAUUGAGCAUCAUAGAGGACAAUAUUCCUGUGGUCCUUUGCAAAUUGGAGCGUAUAUUUCCUCCAUCAUUCUUUGACUCGAUGGAACAUCUCCUGGUACAUCUACCAUUCGAAACAAGGAUGGGUGGGCCAGUACAAUAUAGAUGGAUGUAUCCCUUUGAAAGGUUCCUUCAUUCCUUGAAGAAGAAGGUUAAAAAUAAAGCUCGUGUGGAAGGAUCUAUUUGUGAAGCAUAUAUAGUCGAAGAGACAUCGUCAUUUGCUUCAUAUUAUUUUGAACCACAUGUGAGCUCUCGACGAACCAGAGUUCCUUGA